GCAGCGCCGGGCGGCCCGGGGAGGAGGGGGGGCGGCCAUGGCGGCGCCGGGUGGGGCGGAGGUCGUGCAGCUCAACGUGGGCGGCAAGAGGUUCAGCACAUCCCGCCAGACGCUGACCUGGAUCUCGGACUCUUUCUUCUCCAGCCUCCUGAGCGGCCGAAUCUCCACCUUGAAGGAUGAGACCGGAGCGAUCUUCAUCGACCGGGACCCCACUGUCUUCGCCCCCAUCCUCAACUUCCUCCGCACGAAAGAACUCGACCCCCGAGGCGUCAGCAUCUCCCUCCUCCUCCACGAAGCCCAAUUUUACGGCAUCACCCCCCUAGUUCGCCGCUUGCAGCUACGGGAGGAAUUGGACCGUUCGUCUUGUGGCAGCGUCCUCUUCAACGGCUACCUGCCCCCCCCAGUCUUACCGGCCAAACGCCGUAACCGGCACAGCGUGGCGGGGCCGCAGAUUGCCGCUCGUUUGCCGAUGACAACCGACAGAGCCCCGGUGCGGCGCAGUAACACCAUGCCCCCCAAUUUGGGUAACGCUGGUUUAUUGGGGCGCUUGUUGGAAGAGCGAGCCCCCAGCACCGCAAGUGAACCGGGAGCAGUACGGAUUGUCUGCGGGCAUCACAACUGGAUCGCGGUGGCGUACGCCCAGUUCCUCGUCUGCUAUAGGAUGAAGGAGACAUCGGGGUGGCAACAAGUCUUCUCCAGCCCACGGUUGGACUGGGUGAUCGAACGAGUGGCCCUCAACGCUAAAGUCCUCGGCGGAGCUUUGGGCGACCACGACAAGAUGGUGGCGGUUGCGUCCUGCAACGAGAUCAUCCUCUGGGCCCUGCAAGCCGAUGGCAAUGGCAGCGAGAUUGGCGUCUUCCACCUGGGAGUACCGGUGGAAGCCCUCUUCUUUGUUGGGAACCAACUCAUCGCCACCAGCCACACCGGCAAAAUCGGCGUCUGGAACGCCGUUACCAAGCACUGGCAGAUCCAGGACGUUGUCCCCAUCAACAGCUACGAUGCUGCCGGCACAUUCCUCCUCCUCGGUUGCAACAAUGGCUCCAUCUACUACGUGGAUGUUCAGAAGUUCCCCCUGCGCAUGAAGGACAACGAUCUGCUGGUGACGGAGCUCUACCGCGACCCCACCGAAGACGCCGUCACUGCCCUCAGCGUCUACCUCACCCCCAAAACCAGUGACAGCGGGAACUGGAUCGAAAUCGCUUAUGGCACAAGCUCCGGCGUGGUGCGGGUCAUCGUGCAGCACCCCGAAACAGUGGGCUCUGGUCCUCAACUCUUCCAAACCUUCACCGUCCACCGCAGCCCCGUCACCAAAAUCAUGCUUUCAGAAAAACACCUCAUCUCUGUUUGUGCCGACAACAACCAUGUCCGGACCUGGACGGUGACUCGUUUCCGCGGGAUGAUUUCCACCCAACCCGGCUCGACGCCAUUGGCUUCCUUCAAAAUCCUUUCCCUGGAUGAUCUCGACGGUCCCGCCGGCUGUGGCGCUGGCACCGAUAUCGGACCCUUUGGCGAGCGGGACGAGCAGCAGGUCUUCAUCCAAAGAGUAGUGCCGGAUGCGUGCCAGGUCUUCGUCCGGCUUUCCUCCACCGGCAAAAGGAUCUGCGAGGUGCGUUCGGUGGACGCCGCCGCUAUCACUGCCUUCACUGUCCAUGAGUGCGAAGGCUCCAGCCGGAUUGGCUCCCGGCCGCGCCGUUAUCUCUUCACCGGCCACGCCAACGGCAGUGUCCAGAUGUGGGACCUCACCACCGCCAUGGAGAUGCUGGGGAAGCCCCCAGAAGCCGGCGGUUUGACUGAAGAGGAGCUGUUACGGCAACUGGAACAGUGCGAUUUGGCGUUAACCGGCCCCCCCGGCCCCCCCCAGGCCCCCAACACCAGCCUCCAGUCGCAGGAACCAAACCGGGGGGACACGCCGACCCCUUCUUCCCCCAUGCCGAAACUCCGUGGGGAACCCCUGGGCGUCGCCCCCCCACGCCGGUAUCGGGGGACAGAGGGGGAUCCCCCUUUUUCAGGGAGUCCCCGAGGGGGAGGCAGCUUUGUAGAACGUUGCCAGGAGCUGGCCCAGCGUCUCGGCCCCCCUGAUCACCCUGAAACUCCUCGUUUUGGGGGGAAACCCAAAACUUUCCGACCCACCCCGCCACGUCGACCCCCCAAUUCCGCGCUCCCCAGAGCUCCUCCCCCCCCGGGGCCCCCCCCAACCGCCGACUCUCUCCCCAUCGUCCCAUUAGUGACCCCCAAAUCUCGCCUCAACGAGACGUCGUUUUGAGGGGGGCAGGACCCCCCACACACAUGUGCCUUCAUUUUGGGGGGGCAGCGCUGACCCCCCCCCUCUCCUUGCCCCCCCCAUGGACUCGGGGAUGAUUUUGGGGGGGCUCAGAGGACGGGGCCCCCCCCAAUGCCCAAGCACCCCCAGUGCUGCGGGUAUUGGGGUUCCCCCUCCAUACACUCCCUUUCCCCUCUGCUUUGUGCCCUGUGUUUUUUGGGGGGUUCCCCCCAGCGGCGGCCUGUGCCCCCUAUAGCUCAGCCCCCCCCAUAUAGCCCCACCCUCCUAUAGCCCCCCCAGCACCCCUAUAGCCUGACCUUAUAGCUCAGCCCCCCUAUAGCCCCCCCCCAGCCCUACAGUUCAGCCCCCCCAUAUAGCCCUGCCCUAUAGCUCAGUCCCCCUAUAGCCUGAGCCUAUAGCUCUGUCCCCUAUAGCCCCCUCCAACCCUAUAGCUUAGCUCUCUAUAGUCUGACCCUAUAACUCAGGCCCCCUAUAGUUCCCCCCAGCCCUAUAGCUCAGCCCCCUAGAGCCUGAGCCUAUAGCUCUGCCCCCUAUAGCCCCCCCCACACACACCAGGUCACUUGGACACGGCACUGGGGGCGGGGUGUGGGCGGAGCCUCCCGGGGGGGCGGGGGGGGGUGUUGGUGCACUGCGGACACGCACACGUGUGUGCACACCCACAGCUAGCACACGCAUGUGCACGGCAUGGACACGUGGUGUCAGGUGUGGGCAUGCAGCAGCACAGGCAUGUACAGGCUCACACAUGUACAGGCUCACAUGCGUGCAGGCAGCCUCACACACGCGCGUGCAGCUUUGCACGCUUUCCCGCAACCUCACACGUGCACACAGCCUGACCUGCGUGCAUGCAGCAUCACACACAUGCAAGCAGCCUUGCACACGUGUGCCUUUAUGUGCUUGUACACGUACGUGUGCACAGCCUGACAUGCGUGCAAACAGCAUCAGACGUGUGCAUGCAGCCUGACACGUGUGUACACGUUAGGGGUAGGGGUUAGGGUCAGGGUUUAGGGUUAGAAUUAGGCUUAGAGUUAGGGUUUGGCUAGGGGUUAGG